GUACGAGCGCCUGAACAAGAUCAUCCUGUUGACGCUCAUCGUGCAGGCGCUGCUCGGCAUCUGGAUCGCGCUAUGGAAGACUUUCCUGCAGCCGACGAAGAUUUUUAGCGGCGUCGGCGACCUGGACGACGUCAAGAUGGUGCUCAUGGCAGACGCGUCCCGCCACAGCGGCGAGGAGCUCCGCGGCAAGAGCAGGGCGGUAGAGCAGCAGAACGCCAUCACGAAGCUCAGCGAGUUCCUGUUCGGGCACAUCGAUCUCAGACGGGCGAGCGCCAAACAGGACCUCGAGGCCAGUGUCCAGGCGGCGCAGGACGAGGAGAACGGCUGGCUCGUGAGAACGUUCGGCUCCAGCCGGCCAGAGUCCACCGUGAAGUUGCGAGGCGGCUACCUCUACCUCGCAAUGGGGCUGUUCAACUCCAAGAUCCAAGAUGAGCGUAUGGACGUGCACAAGUUCACAAGGAAUUUUGACAAGCACCGGUCUUACGCAACACAGAUCGACAACGGGAUGUACGGGGGCACCGCGGAGUACAUGAUGGCAAUGGAGCACUGCGUCGAGGUAGUCAAGACUAAAAAGGAUACGCCGAAAAACUACUGCGUCAUCAUCGGCGACAGCCAGGCUCAGUGCAAGAUGACACCCGCGCCAGAGGUCGACGACAUGUGCCUUCAGUGGCCGGAGCUGUGCCCAGACACAGGCGAUCACGGUACAGGCAGCCUGGCGGAGAGCAGCGAGGAGUUUAGCAAGUGCACCACCUUCGCGGACACCACCUUCAAGGAUAACGGCCUGGAGCUAAUCUUCGUCUUCAUGGUGCCCAGCCUGGCGGAGGCGCAGCUGGGCCUGGCGAACCCGACCUUCCAGGAUUUCGUUGCGACGGCAACGGGGUGCCACAUCCUGAACAAGACGACGACCAAGAACACCAGCAUGGGCACUCGGGUAAUCACCGAGUUCUUCUCGAACGAGACCUGCCCGCAGUUCAUCUUGGCGACCACCUUCGACGAGAUGACGGCGAAAGCCCAGCUGAUCGCCGAAUUACUUGACUUCGACACGAAGGCAUUCGACAAGCCGAACGCCUCCAAGGACUGGAGGUUCUUGUGCUUCUUCCUCUUGGUGUUGAACUUGGUUUUCUUUCUUGCUUGGGGGCGGAUCAUCAACGAGGCCAACCGGCUAUGGGUCAAGUACCAGCGGGCUCGAGGCGUCAAGAAGACGAUGGUCAAGGUGUCCAGGAAGAUGGUGGAGAAGGAGCAGCCCGGGAACUCGGUCUUCGCCGACCUGCAGCAGAGGCUCUCCGAGUCGCAGCUGACCGAGCUGUCCUGCUCCCGCGAGGUGGUGAAGUUCAACACCCCGAUGGUCAUUCGCUGUCGGCUGAAGGGCGGUUACCUGCGGAGGAACGACGGCGGCACCGUCGACACCAUCAAGGACGACGUUGCGGACUCGGCGGGCACGGUGAACGACGCAAACAGCGAGUGGACAUUCGUGCCCGCGGACAGCGGCCUGGACGCCCAGCUGCUGAAGCAAGGGGUUGCCACAGGGCAGCACGUCCGCAUCAAGAACAACAAGGGCCAGUUCCUCCGGGUCACCGAGGACCGCACCGGCUUCGUCGAGGGCGACGCGGAGGGAGACCCUGCCACCGUUUUCGCCAUCGAGCCCGUGGAGGAGAGGGAGGACGACUUCAACCGCCUGGGGGAUGCUAUUACGAUUCGCCCUGUCAACGGCCAAGAAGGGAGCUACCUGCGGAUGACCAAGGAGGGCGUGGCCGACGGCAGCGGCAGCAGGAACCAGCUGGACGUGCAGUUCUCCAUCGACCGAGGAGGCCCUGCCAUCAGGGACGGCCUCCCUGUGCAGUUGAGGUCGGUGGCCGCCGACAACAUGAAGCUGCUGGGCACCGCGGAGGGCGACCUCGUGACAGCGAUGCCUGGGACCGUGGAGGAGGACGACGUGCUUGCCAACUUCCUCAUCAAGAAGGUGGGCAGAGAAGGCGGCGAAGGUGCUAGCGGCUCCCAGGAGGACUCCGCCUCCGUGGGCCAGCCGCUGCAGGCGCGCGACAUCGUAACCCUGACAGGAUUCAACCAGAAGCUCCUGAAGGCGUACGACGGGGACAGCAGGUGCGCGGUGGGCCGGUACCCGGGCACCAGCGCGACGUCGGCCUCCUCCACCGCGACGCCCGCCAAAGGCGGGGACGCGGACGAUGCCCCUGGAGUCACCAAGUGGGUGAUCGACAGGGUGGGCAUGGCUACCAUCAAGGGGACCGAAGCACGACGACACGUUGCGCAAGGGGAUGGAGGUUUGCUUGAAGCCCUACCGCGAGAACGACGACCCUGGGAGGGGAUGGGGACAUGA